AUGAGAGCUAGCACUGCUCACGCGGCGGCUUCGUUCGCAGCUGUAUGGCUGCAGCCGCACACAGAGCUUCCUUUCGGCAACCAGUUUAAGGAUAGGAGCACUGCCCGGGGCGUUGUCGGCUUUCUGUGGAUCAGCCUCGCCCGAUCACAGUUCAUGCAACAAGUAGCCGCCUCGGCGGCCACGCCGCCUACGAGCGAACAGCAGCAUCCCCACGUCCCGACAGCCGGGGAAGCAAGCCAACAUGACAGCGUGACUGUGCAAUCGAGCGUCUUGUACCGCGGCUCGCCGUCAGGUGCCGAGACAGCUCCGAGGGCCAAAAAGAGAGCUGCGCAGAUGGCAGACGAAGGCGGGAUUACAAGCCUCCAGGGUACCGAGAAGUUUCUGCCCGGCACUCACACGCCAGAGAGAAGGCGUGACCACGCGCCGGACCAGGUAGGAAAUCCGCAUUCACUAAAAAAGUCAGGAAGGGACUCGCAAGAGCACCCCUGUGUACCAAAUGUAUCGGAAGGAGAUCUACCCGCCUUGAUGGACAAUUCCAGCAUUCUUCACAUCUCGGGGCGCGAACGCCCGCCGGCACUUCUGGACCACGACACCGAAAUGACACAUCCCGCCGUGGCAAGUCCAUCAUCGACGAGGGGACCUUCUGAGCGCCACACCUGGAAGAAGACUCCCUCGCCUCUAUACACGAUAGCGAGCCGCCUUCCCAGGUGGAGUACCGAUCCACUUUUUGGUAGAAGCCUCGCUGCGAGAGAGAGAUAUAGCUCACCGGUUGCUCUUCGAGGGCACCCAUCUGAACUCGUGGGGAUAGUCGACAACAUAUCUGUGCCAACUGCAAGAUGCUCCACGCCGUCUGUCGUCACAUUGACCACGGCAACCGCGGGUGCCGCACGCACUCAUCAGGAAAGCGCAGCUGUGUUGUCACACGCAGAGCCGACAGAUAGCUAUGCAGAACAGAGCAGGCCUCGCGUUCAUCAGACAUCCCCAAUUGUGGAACCGAACCUGUCCACAUUCCAGGGGGGUUUCCAUGGGAACGACGAUGUACGCGGCGGCCCGCCAUUAUCCGAAGAAUCGAUUCGAAGUGCAAAGGCAACCGAGCACGAGGCACGAGACUCCCGCGCAAUGAGCGUGAAAUGUUUUCCGGAGCCACAUCGUACACCUGAAACACUUGGCGACGGGGUGAAAGCCGGCGGAUCUUUGGCCGCCGCAGGAGCUUCCACACUACCGUUCCUCCUGGAGACAGCCACGAAUAAACGGUAUUCUACCGAAAGGGCUAGUAGCCUCGCGAUGCCUUCGGGUGUUCCCCCGCCGCUACCGAUGAUAGAUCCCCAAUCGCCAUUACUGCGCACGCAGUUGCAGAGUGCUGGAGAAGCACAGAAGCCUACGGGAUCUGCGGAGCCUUGGAUGCCGAUAGGUGAAACCUCCCCCGUGGGAAGACAACCGUUCCACAUAAAUGCAGUAAAUUCAGAGCAAUCACUUCAGGCUUCCAGCGAGCCACUACUGAAGUCUCCCCUGUUGACAACUGGACCAGGAACAUCACAUCCGUGUCAAGCUGGUGCUGCUUGUCCCAGCGCACCAGAUCUCUCGCGGACUGUUGCACCUACUACUGGCUUUGGCAACACCAGGCUCGCGCCCAGCUUCUCAGGUGAGAUGAAUGAAGCUGCAUCGCCUGUGUCUGCGUUUCCAUUCGUGCCAUCUCCCAACAAAGGCACCGGAGAUCUCAGCGAUACGGGCGGUGUUUCACCAGCACGACGGGAGAGGCGUACACGCGCCUCUCCGUAUCGCGAUAAGCGUCCUGCUGAGGCGCCAGCCGGCCCAGUGUCUAGCCGUAUGAAGGUGUCUGAAGGUACAGGCGACUCGUCCGUAAGCCACGCUGAUAAUCAGAGAGUGCCGGCACCCCCCUCCUCUGGCAUCGCCACCAUCACGCCACUGCAUGUACUCGUGCCUGGCGGGGCAGGAUCCGAGACUUCCCUGUCCUCGGCUGGAAAGCAGGGCGUGAACCUGGAGAAGAGUCGACCCAGUAGCGCACACAGCAUCAAACGCACAUCACUCGUUGAAGGCGUGACUGCAGACACACCUAGUAGCGCCCAACCGUCGAGACAGUCCGGCACACCUGCUCGCGCGAGCGACCUUCCGAGCGUUGUCGACCCUGAAAUAACACAGCCCCUCGAUCUCUCUGUGCGGCGACCUCCAGAGAGGACCGACUCCUCCAUACGCGCGCGUCAGCAGAACGAUCAUUCUGAGGGUUGGUGGGAUACUCUGGACGAAUUGGAGGUAUCGCGCAUGGUCACGGCCGCGCUCGCCGUUGAGGCCCAAGGGACGUCUGAGGUUAACAGCAUUGCGUCUCGAGGUGCCACGGGAGCCGGUGAUUACUCAAGAGAACCGCCCGUGCGUGCGCCAGCAUCGCCGGAGGAGCCGCUGAGUUUCCUUAUCGAACAAGCGUUUCGGGACGCCGGAUGGGAUGACGAUAUGCGUCCAGAGGACGCGCUCGCGUUCGUGCAUCGAUCAGCUCAGGCAUUAGGGUCUGGAAUGGAGAGAAGCCGCCCGAGCUCUGCCGCUGAAUCUACGCUCCCAGGCGGGGCUAUUCUCAGUGCCAACCGUACGGACAACAGUGGUGACCAAGUGAAGAGAAUCGCCAGUCAUAUCGCUGCUGGAGUGGGUUCUUGUGGGGGUAGGAUCCCCAGUGCACAUCCGUUUGGGACUUCGGGCACUAGUUCUCAGUCGCGCGUGUUGACGGAAGGCCUCCCAGCUACCCCUGGGGCUGCGACGCUUGUGUCCUCAAGCUCAAAUUGCUAUAUUGCCCAAGGCGCACACUCGAUCAGUCCAUCGAUGGUGACGUCUUCGGUCGAAAGGUGUGCGAGGGAUGGCGGCGUCGCGGUGCGACGUGACGCUGCUGUUCGCUGCACCACCGGAUCACCAUCAAGGGUAGAAAGGACCCACCCGGCGGGUAGGGUGGGUGAAUCGGAAGUAUUCACAACGAAGGAAGGUAGGCCGGUAUCUUCCCGGACCAAUUAUGGUGCUGCAGUGAUGCCUUCCGAGGGUUGCCAGGUAGUAAGGCGGCUUAAAUAUCAUGGCUCUCGAUCGGCACAGGACGAAACCAGCGAUGUCUUUUGUCGUCAACCUGUGGACGGAUGCACACAACCAGCAGCAGAUUCAAACGCACGACCACUGGCCGUUCCACAGAGUGCGACUGGCAUUGGGGGACAUACCGGCAGUGAAGGGGAAGAGUCAUCUGCAAGUUCUCGCAUCCGGCAAUCAGAGGCCAAGCUGGACGUGUCCCGCCCUGCUUCCCAUGGUACGCCAGUUCUGCACAGACUGGCCAGCUUGCCCACCCAUACCACUGGCGCGCAGGAUGUAGCAGGAGAUCAUAUAACUGACAGGGCAGCCCUCCCGAGGUUGUCGUGUUCUUCGCCACACGGUACCGAGGGAGCGCGGUCAUCUCCUGCCGAAGGAACUACCACCACUACGCUCAGACGGUCGGCUCGUUUGGCCCGCCGACUCCUACUUUCGCCAACCCCAGAAAACUUCUCUAGGGCGCUCCGAACAAAUCCAAGUUCGUCAUCUCGCCGCAAGGACCGCGCAAUUCCAUUAGUGCCCUCAAGUCGGGUGUCACCAGCAGGCUUACCUGAUGCGGCACCAGCGGCAUCCAGCAACUCGCCGUUUCGAACGUUGGCCAGCCCACUAUCUCCUCAUGCUUCUCCACCUUCCCCCAAGGCCCUCCGAACCGCCCCCUCGGGGCGGAUAUCGCAGGCAGAUCUGACAACUAGUUCUCAACACAGAAUUUCACCCGCGCCGGUGUAUGGAUCGACCAAUACCCUGCCCUCUCCUUCACGGUCCACAGUGCGUUCCAGCGUGCUUCAGGAUGCAGCUAAUUUGCAGCGUACCAGCCGAGAGCCAUUCGUCUUCGCCGCCCAGUCGCCGCCAGAGGGUCAACGAAAUACGAACCCCAGUUCAAGUAGCCAGGACAAUGUCGGAUAA